AUGAGGGCAGCUCGUGCGCGCUGCUCGACUGCUGUCCGCGAGCACAUGCAAAUGCGAGCAUCUCGCAGAGCUGCCCGAACUGCCCGGCUCGAGCCAUCACGGCAGCCCACGGCGCGAUGCCGCUUCCAGAGCACAAGCUGCAAUCACUUUGUGAAGAGCGGUCCGGCCUCGCCGCCGCCGCCGCUGCUCCCCUGCGCCGCGAAGCCCUUCAGGCUCGCCGUCAAGGACAACAUCGCGACGGCCGAGUUCCCGACACAAUGCGCCUCCCGUAUCCUCCGCGGCCACAGGUCUCCCUACGAAGCCACCAUUGUCACGCAGCUGCGUGCGCGGGGCGGCGUCGUCGUGGGCAAGACCAACAUGGACGAGUUCGGCAUGGGCUCCCACUCGACAAACUCCAUGCACGGCGCCGUGAGCAACCACCUCUCUGCCGACGAGCCCAUCUCCGCCGGCGGCAGCUCGGGCGGCAGUGCCGUUGCCGUCAUGCUGGGCGACGCGGACAUCGCCCUGGGAACCGACACGGGCGGCUCGGUCCGCCUGCCGGCCGCGUACACGGGCGCCGUGGGAUACCGGCCGAGCUACGGCAUGAUUUCGCGCCACGGCGUCGUCGCCUACGCCAACUCGCUCGACACGGUGGGCAUGCUGGCCAGGGAGGUGAGGCCCAUCCUCGACCUCCUCGUGCAAGGCGAGCUGGACCGGGAGCACGACCCCAACGACCCGACGUCCCUGUCCGCGGCCUCGAGGCAGCGGUGUGCGAGGGCGUGCCCGCCCGCGCUGGACGACAUGUCCAGGCUCACCGUCGGCAUCCCGCUCGAGUACAACGUCUCCGAGCUGGACCCCCUGAUGCGAAGGGCCUGGGUUGAGGCCGCGACGGCGCUCGGCUCCGCCGGCGUCGACGUCGUGCCCGUGUCCCUGCCGUCAACCAAGGAGGCCCUGUGCGCGUACUACGUCCUCGCCCCGGCCGAGGCGUCCUCCAACCUCGCCCGGUACGACGGCGUGCGCUACGGCGCGCGCGGAGACCACGGCGACGCCGACCGCGGCACGCUGUACUCGGAGACCCGGGGGGCCGGCUUCGGGCCCGAAGUCAAGCGCCGCAUCUUGCUGGGCACCUACAGCCUCAGCUCCGACGCCAUGGACAACUACUUUAUCCAGGCGCAAAAGGUCCGCCGCCUGGUCCGCCGCGACUUCGACAGGGUGUUUCGACGCCGCUGCCCGCUGUACGCAGCGGCCCAAUUCGACCUCUGCGACAUGCCGGCCGGGACUGCCCUGCAGGACAAGCAGGGUCCUCCGCAGGUAGACUUUCUGCUGUCGCCGACGGCCACGUCGCCCGCGCCGACUUUGGACGACGUGCUCGCAAAGAGCAGCCUGGAUGCGUACAUGGGGGAUCUCUUCACCGUCCCCGCGAGCCUGGCCGGCCUGCCUGCCGUCAGCGUGCCGUGGCGGGUGCCGGAGAGCCGCCUGCCGCUGGGGCUCCAGUUGGUCGGGCAGUACUGGGAUGACAGGCGGCUGUUGGCCAUGGCCGAGAGAUUGAAGGCGCUGGUGGCAUAG